AUGUUGAUCUUGACUGAGUGGACUGUCCCUGCUGCUGGCUUGCAGCCUCCUUGGGUUAAGAGGAACCAAGUGAGCUGUGGAGCUGAACCACCUUUCCUGGUCUCUGUUGCCUCUGCAUCUGCACAGGACAUUUCAACACACCUUCUGAGGAUUAGUAUUGUUUCUUUUAUUAUUCGAAUAAACGAGUUGGAGAGGCUGGUGGGAUCAGUGAAGGAAGUCGAGGCAGAGUGGCCCAUCCCUCAACCUCAAAUAAAGGGAGGAUCUUGGAAGCCAAUUAGUGCUGGAGCUCAGUCUGCCCAGGUGCAACUACUCUACGGUGUGGGGAGAUUCACAGAGAUGUCUCAAAUCAAACCUGAUUCUGGAGGAGAACCAGCAGAGGACCAUAACCAGUAUCAGCUGGUUGCCCUUACGUUCCUUUACUACCAGGAAGUGUCCCAGUGUAGGGAGGGCAAGGGGAUUGGAAAGAUCACCCAGCUGAUGAGUUGCAAGAACCUGCUUAAUACUGCUCAUUCCAAGUCCUUCAUCGAUGGUGUCCUUGGCUCUUUCACUCAUGCUGCUGAGUUCUUUUAA